AAUUGUAAAAAACAAAUAGGACUAUGUGUGACUUUUCUGCAGGAGCUUUAUCUAUGCCCUCCUUACCAGAGGACGCCCCAUCCCACUGAACAUCGUGCUCUUCGCCGCCAUCUUCUGCUCCCUCAAUGGCUUCCUGCAGGGACACCACCUGCUGCACUGCGUCCAGUUUGAAGACAGCUGGCUGACCAAGGCUCGUCUGGCUGCAGGUCUCCUGUUGUUUGUGGUCGGUAUGAUCAUCAACAUCCACAGCGACCACAUCCUGCGCGGCCUAAGACGACCCGGGGAGACCGUCUACAGGAUCCCGCACGGGGGAAUGUUUGAGUUUGUGUCCGGCGCAAACUUCUUCGGGGAGAUCGUGGAGUGGUGUGGGUAUGCUGUGGCCACCUGGUCUUUACCCACCUUCGCCUUCGCCUUCUUCACUGUGUGCUCCAUCGGGCCCAGAGCCUACCACCAUCACAGGCUGGACUAUUGUAAAGGUGUCUUCACAGGCCUGAGUAAAAAAUCAAUCAGACAACUGCAGCUCGUCCAGAACGCUGCUGCCAGAGUCCUCACCAACACCAAGAGAGUGGAGCACAUUACACCAGUGCUUAAGUCACUGCACUGGCUUCCUGUGUGUCUUGUACGUUAUGAAGCAUCCAGACCC